CGAACACCAAUGCCCCAUCACAAGAGUCACUCGGAGGCAUGGUUGGUGUUGCUGGCAAAUCCAAAGCUUGUAACAACUGCAAAAGACGACGCGUGAAAUGUGGAUUCGAACGUCCAGGAUGUACACGAUGUGCCAGGGCUCGCAUACAAUGUUCUGGCUAUGGUCAGCAAACGUUCUUCGUCAACAAGACUCUCGCGGAUCUAUCUGCAUCAGCACCAGCCGUUCUCGCCAAAUUUAGGCUCAGCAGGCUGAAAGACCCCGAGAGCCGCUCAAUUCAAGACCAGCUUAAUGGCCUAGUUGAGUUGGCAAAAGCAUCGACAGCAUUCCCUUCUCACUUUCGACUGGAAGCCUUCGAGCUACUGCAGAAGUUGUAUUUACCACAUUCCGAAGUCGCAGACAACAAUCCAAGUCAUGCCGCUCCGGUGACUUGGUUCAGAGCCGUAUGCGAGCUCGAAGAUCCCUGUCUUGUACUCGACAAUGCGCUCAUUGCAUUCUGUACUAUUCAGGUGUACGUUACGAAUACCGGAAGUGUAUCACACGACGAAGGAACUGAAAGGUACAAUACCACACUUGGAUAUCUAUCAACUGCUUUGAACGGUAAAGGAGACGCGAGAUUGGACUACAUCCUUGCGGCCAUUGUGGUUCUGUCGACCUGCGAGCUCUUCUUCUUUCCGACGGAUAACGGGCUGCGAGUCCAUGUGCAGGGUAUUGCGGAUGUCCUACGUCUGAAGAGAAGAUUCACAGAUGUUUCAACAACGAUCUGGCUUAGGCUAUGGUCUCGGUUACGCGUUAUUAGCAUACUCUCACAACUUACGGGCAGACAGCAAGAUUCCGUGAGCGCUGCACAGUGGGCGGAUUUUAUGCCUGACAAGUCUAACCUCGACCCCAUGGACCAGCUAAUGGACAUUGUAUGCGAGUUACCUCAAAUACUUGAUUCAGCUACCAAGCUCGUUCUGACAGGACAAUCUGGGGACUCCGAAAUCACGGCGGCGGUUGCUGCAUUAUGGAGUAUCAUGGGGGACCUCUACGCCUGGCAGGCGAGGCUCUGCGCGGCGAGUCCAACACCGCUUUAUACGGCAGUACCAUCGAAACUUAACAAUCCCUCGGACGACACUCACGAUAUGAAACUCUUUCCAUUCGCUCUUGAGUUCCGCUCUUUGCAAACAGCAACCCACUUCGUGGCAUCUUGGGCCUUCCAGCUACACAUCCACACCACACUACAGCGCUUGUUUGAAGAAAGGGAUGAAGCGAGAACCAUGGCUUCACGGUUCUUCGAUCUACACAAUAGUUUCGGUAGCAUUCAGUAUGAGGCCGGCAAGCUGGCCCGCUUGCUCUGUCAGUCGAUCGAAUAUUGCCACAGGAUCGAAAUGGGCACGUUCGGGCCACAAACGAUGGUCUACCCGCAAUGGAUCAUGCGGCAAUUCUUUACACAAUGCGGUGCGGAACGAGAGCUACAAUGGUGUAAUAAUGUCGGAAACAUGAGUGGCAUAGGGACGAGAUGUGGGAUAAAACUUAUGGCGUUCCAAGGCAGCAUCAACUGCUUGAAAAGUGCUAGAGAGCAAGUGAGCCUACCUUAGAAAUAGUAUAGAAAGAAGAAUUGAUGGUCUAAGAAAGAAAAAA